GUGAUGAUGUCACUACGUUGCGACGCUCAAUCGAAUGACACGUACAGUUAGUAAACAAGGAUAGAUAGAAAGUUGUCGAAGGAAAUAAAAGACAAGGAAUAAAGCCAGCUGGCUAUCUACUGUGCCAAAUCUGCCAAGAUCUCAGAAACCUGUCUCAAUAUGAACGUGUUUGACCGCAGCAUCAAAUUGGAUGUUCUCCUCAAGUUCUCCCAAAUUUCCCAAUCUACCCAGUUACACCUGAAGAAUGUCUACUCCAGUUUGGCAGUUUGCAUGUUCGUGGCUGCAGCAGGCUCCUACGUCCAUGUUGUCACACGGCUCUUUCAGGGUGGGUUGCUGACUCUUCUGGGUUCCCUGGGCAUGGUGGUUUGGUUGUCCAUGACACCACACAACCCAGAGACCGAGAAGAAGAGACUGGCUAUCCUUGCAGGGUUUGCUUUCUUCACAGGUGUUGGUCUUGGACCAGCAAUGGACUUUGUCAUCAUCAUUAACCCAAGCAUCAUUGUGACAGCCUUCCUUGGAACCUCAAUCAUCUUUGUCUGCUUCACUCUCAGUGCCCUGUAUGCCAAGCGCAGGAGCUUCCUCUUCCUAGGAGGUACUCUGAUGUCUGGCUUGUCUGUCUUGUUCCUGGUGUCUGUGGUGAACAUGUUCUUUGGAUCAGCGAUACUCUUCAAGGCUCACAUGUACCUGGGUCUGGUCAUUAUGUGUGGCUUUGUUCUGUUCGACACUCAGCUCAUCAUUGAGAAAGCAGAGAACGGAGACAAGGACUACAUCUGGCAUUGCGUGGACCUGUUCCUCGACUUUGUGACCAUUUUCAGAAAACUCAUGAUACUCCUUGCCAUGAAUGAGAAGGACAAGAAGAAAGAAAAGAAGUAGAUUAAAUAAAUCCAGUUGAAGUUUCAAAUAAACGAUCUGUUACAAGGAACAGAACCAGCAACAAAGCCUCUGUCUGCAGUGCUGUUGGUGCUUUCACUAUUUGUCGUUACUUUUUGUCCAUUGAUUUGAGCUUGCAAGAGGUUAUAAGGUUGUAUUUUAGGCUACUGCUGCAGUGAGAAUGCUUUUCCUGUAGGGGGAGUGGUUGUUCUAUGAAGGUCUACAUAAGAACUGAACUCUUUGUGCCAUAAAAAAUAAACAUUUUUUCAGAAGGCCGUUUGAGCUUUUGGAGAUUAAUCAUAGUUUUAUGUUCUAAUAUUUGGAUUUGUUAAUGCUAUUCCUCUCAUCUGUUUAGUUUAGGGAAGGGAUGUGACAGACAUCCUGACCUGCUACGUCUUUAUCAAAUCACAUUUUGUCACAUGCGCCGAAUACAACAGGUGUAGUAGACCUUACCGUGAAAUGCUUACUUACAAGCCCUUAUUAACCAACAAUGCAGUUCAAUAAAUAGUUAAGAAAAUAUUUACUAAAUAAAACGUAACAAUAAAACAAUAACGAGGCUAUAUACAGGGGGGUGCCGGUCGAGUCACAACUUCUCAUUUACUACUUCACUGUGUUACGUUGAAGAACGUAUUGGUAAUUCGGCUGACCUUUCAUGAAGAUGUACAUUUGCAUUUUAUGGUCAGUUUGUGCGCCACAAAAAGGACUGGUCAAGGCUGUAAAAUAAAUGGAUCAACUGCC